AUGUCCAACUUAAAUAAUUAUAUCAACAAGAAGGUCCUGAUAAUUACAGCUGACUCUCGAACCUUGGUGGGGAAUCUCUUGAGCUGUGACCAGAUGACCAACUUGGUCCUUGGACAAGCAGUCGAGCGCGUCAUCCGAACACCCGACGAUACGGAUCCGUCUACCGAAGUCCCUUUGGGUCUUUACCUUGUCCGGGGAGACAAUGUUUGCGUGGUGGGCUUAGUAGACGAGUCUCUUGACGAUAGCAUCAACUGGGAACAGGUAAAGGGUUCGGCAAUUGGUGGUAUUAAACAUAUAUAG